AUCAGGCUGCCCUCUGGGGAGUCCAUGCGGGAGCGCUUCCCGGCCGACGCCCCUCUGCGCAGCGUGAUGGAACACAUCUCCGGGCGCCACCCCUCCCUGGCCUCCUUUUCCCUCCUCCAGGGGUUCCCACGGAAACGCUUUGGGGAGGCGGAGCUGGCCAAGUCCCUGCGAUCCCUGGGCCUCACACCCAACGCCGCCCUCUGCAUCCAGACCACACCCCCAGAGACACCCCAGGACCCGCCCAGCCCAGCUGCAUGCCUUUUAUUGGGCCAGGAGGAGGUGGUGGUUCCACCCCCUGCGCUUCCCCAGCCACAGCAGCCACAGAUACCAGAGCUGGAGGAGGAAGGGAUGGAGGAUCCCGCUCGGCCCCCACGUCUGCCUCACCAGCUGUGGGAAGAAGCAGUGGGCUACGCAGGCAUCCCUGGUGUUGGUCCCCAAAUGACCGGACCUUCUCACUCCUGGGGUAAGAUUCAUGUCUGGCAUAUGAAGACCUCAUUCACAAUGUAUUUGAUGUAUUUUCAAAUAUCAUAGUUAAUGACUUGUUGGUUAUUUUUCUACGUUCAGAAAUGUAUUUUCUUGGAGUAUAAAUGGUUAUACGGUGCCGUGUAACGCUGUAUAAUUGCCUUACUCACGCAGGCUAUUGCAUUAUGGACCCAUUAGUUUGAGCCAUCACUUUGUGAAGACACCAUAACACCAUUACAGGCACUGAGUUUCGUUCAGGCAUUCUCUGGGUCAGCUGAAUGUGAAUUGUUCGCUCCGGGGCGCAGUUUCUCCUAGGUACAGAUCAAGGAUCAGCUUCCUCUCCCCACAUUUAAAUUUUUACAUUUAUGUCAUUUAGCAGACGCUCUUAUCCAGAGCGACUUACAAAUUGGUGCAUUCACCUUAUAGCCAGUGGGAUAACCACUUUACAAUAUAUAUAUAUUUUUUUUGGGGGGGUGGGGUAAGGGGGGGGGUAGAAGGAUUACUUUAUCCUAUCCCAGAUAUUCCUUAAAGAGGUGGGGUUUCAAGUGUCUCCGGAAGGUGGUGAGUGACUCCGCUGUCCUGGCAUCAUGAGGGAGCUUGUUCGGUGCCAGAGCAGCGAACAGUUUUGACUGGGCUGAGCGGGAACUGUGCUUCCGCAGAGGUAGGGGGGCCAGCAGGCCAGAGGUGGAUGAACGCAAUGCCCUCGUUUGGGUGUAGGGACUGAUCAGAGCCUGAAGGUACGGAGGUGCCCUUCCCCUCACAGCUCUGUAGGCAAGCACCAUGGUCUUGUAGCAGAUGCGAGCUUCAACUGGAAGCCAGUGGAGUGUGCGGAGGAGCGGGGUGAUGUGAGAGAACUUGGGAAGGUUGAACACCAGACGGGCUGCAGCAUUCUGGAUGAGUUGUAGGGGUUUAAUGGCACAGGCAGGGAGCCCAGCCAACAGUGAGUUGCAGUAAUCCAGACGGGAGAUGACAAGUGCCUGGAUUAGGACCUGUGCCGCUUCCUGUGUAAGGCAGGGUCGAACUCUCCGAAUGUUGUAGAGCAUGAACCUACAGGAUCGGGUCACCGCCUUGAUGUUAGCGGAGAAUGACAGGGUGUUGUCCAGGGUCACGCCAAGGCUCUUUGCACUCUGGGAGGAGGACACAACGGAGUUGUCAACCGUGAUGGCGAGAUCAUGGAACGGGCAGUCCUUCCCAGGGAGGAAGAGCAGCUCCGUCUUGCCGAGGUUCAGCUUGAGGUGGUGAUCCGUCAUCCACACUGAUAUGUCUGCCAGACAUGCAGAGAUGCGAUUCGCCACCUGGUUAUCAGAAGGGGGAAAGGAGAAGAUUAGUUGUGUGUCGUCUGCGUAGCAAUGAUAGGAGAGGCCAUGUGAGGAUAUGACCGAGCCAAGUGACUUUGUGUAUAGCGAGAAUAGGAGAGGGCCUAGAACUGAGCCCUGGGGGACACCCGUGGUGAGAGCACGUGGUGCGGAGACAGAUUCUCGCCACGCCACUUGGUAGGAGCGACCUGUCAGGUAGGACGCAAUCCAGGAGUGAGCCGCACCGGAGAGGGUGGAGAGGAGGAUUUGAUGGUUCACAGUAUCAAAGGCAGCAGACAGGUCUAGUAGGACAAGAGCAGAGGAGAGAGAGUUAGCUUUAGCAGUGCGGAGAGACUCCGUGACACAGAGAAGAGCAGUCUCAGUUGAAUGACCAGUCUUGAAACCUGACUGGUUUGGAUCAAGAAGGUCAUUCUGAGAGAGACAGCAAGAGAUUUGGCUAAAGACGGCACGCUCAAGAGUUUUGGAGAGAAAAGAAAGAAGGGAUACUGGUCUGUAGUUGUUGACAUCGGAGGGAUCGAGUGUAGGUUUUUUGAGAAGGGGUGCAACUCUCGCUCUCUUGAAGACGGAAGGGACAUAGCCAGCGGUCAAGGAUGAGUUGAUGAGCGAGGUGAGGUAAGGGAGAAGGUCUCCGGAAAUGGUCUGGAGAAGAGAGGAGGGGAUAGGGUCAAGCGGGCAGGUUGUUGGGCGGCCGGCUGUCACAAGUCGCAAGAUUUCAUCUGGAGAAAGGGGAGAAAGAAGUCAAAGCAUAGGGUAGGGCAGUGUGAGCAGGACCAGCAGUGUCAUUUGACUUAACAAACGAGGAUCGGAUGUCCCCCAAUCCUAACCUUAACCGUUAGUGGGAACAAUGUGAAACUUACUCAAGAUCAGCGUCUAGGGGCAACUUCAUCCUACUCCAAAGUGUUCAUGCAGAGUUUUUCCCUGACAGGACGGGGCCAGAAGCUGAAUCCUGGUGAUGCUGAGGAGGCUGCCAGCUCAGACGAUGAAGAGAUGCCAGAGGGGGGUAGAGAGCCGCCCUUCCUCCUCAAUGGUACUACACCCUCUGUUUGGAAUUGUCUUUUAUCCUUCUUUCCUCCCUCCCUCUCCCCUCUUUCUCUCUGUGUCUCGCUGGUUUUUCCUCUGAACUCCUUGUUCUUUACAGUCCAAUAAAAAUGACCACUCUCCCUCUCUCUGUGUCAGUGGUUAGACAAAUGGCUUUGAACUUGAUGAGCACUGCAGCCCCAUUUGCAGUAGGAUUUAAUCUACUGCCCCUGGGAAUAUAUAUUUUUUACAGCAGGUUACUACAGAAGUAGUUGAAGUGAACCAGUGUGUGUAGAAAUCCGUUGAACUAACCUGCCAUGGCUGCGGUCCGGAUAGUUGAGCAAACUGGGCCAGUAAUGACGUUUGAUAUCUCCUCACUCGCCGUGAGAAAGCUGCUUUUAUUGGGAAAUAGCAGGUGAAUGCGCCCGACUUUCCCACUUAUGCAAGUUCGCACUGCACUCGUGCUAAAAUAACUCAGUCUUUCUGAGUAUUCAAGCUCUGAGGUACAGACAGUAAUCUGUGUGCUACACUUAGUGUGAAGCUCAUUGCCGGGGAUUCUUUUUACAGCCACAGAGGAAGCUAAAGCUGAAGAAGAUUAACAUUGUGAUUAGAGAGAAGAUGUUGAUGAGAGGCAUGUGAUAUGUCUCAGAGACAGGCAUUCAGAUUGUUAAAUAGCUUUGAUAUUUGUCUGAAAUACACUGUAUAUACAAAAGUAUGUGGACACCCCUUCAAAUUUGUGGAUUCGGCUAUUUCAGCCACAUCCGUUGCUGACAGGUGUAUAAAAUCGAGCACACAACCAUGCAUCUCCAUAGACACACAUAGGCAGUAAAAUGCCUGUAUUGAAGAGCUCAGUGACUUUCAACGUGGCAAGUGCUGUUAUUGUGAAGUGGAAACCUCUAGGAGCAGCAACAGCUCAGCCGCGAGGUGGUAGGCCACACGAGGUCACAGAACGGGACCGCCGAGUGCUGAAAAGUUUGGUGGAGGAGGAAUAAUGGUCUGAGGCUGUUUUUCAUGGUUCGGGCUAGGCCUCUUAGUUCCAGUGAAGGGAAAUCUUAACGCUAGACGAUUCUGUGCUUCCAACUUUGUGGCAAAGGUUUGGGGAAGGCCCUUUCCUGUUUCAGCAUGACAAUGCCCCGUGCACAAAGCGAGGUCCAUACAGAAAUGGUUUGUCGAGAUCGGUGUGGAAGAACUUGACUGGCCUUCACAGAGCCCUGACCUCAACUGAACACCUUUGGGAUAAAUUGGAACGCCGACUGCGAGCCAGGCCUGAUCACCCAACAUCAGUGCCUAACCUGACUAAUGCUCUUGUGGCUGAAUGGAAGCAAGUCCCCACAGCAAUGUUCCAACAUCUAGUGGAAAGCCUUCCCAGAAGAGCGGAGGCUGUUAUAGCAGCAACGGGGGGACCAACUCCAUAUUAAUACCCGUGAUUUUGGAAUGAGAUGUUUGACGAGCAGGUGUCCACACAUUUUUGGUCAUGUAGUGUAAUUCAAGAUGUAUGGCUUUUAGAAUUAAUACAGAUUCAAAUUGAGUAUCCUAAAGGCCUAACCUAUGGUUAACCCCAGCAGGUAUGCCCCGAUUACCCUUCUUCCCAGAGAACCGGCUGCGUGGAGGGCUGGAGCCCAGACACCACUGGCCAGACCAGGGCAACAGACUUAGGUGAGUGCCCAGCCUAAACUUAGCCUAUAUCAUGGCCAUGCUGUGCCCUCCACUUUAAAGCAAUGUCUUUUUUUGUAACGUAAUUUAAAUGUAAUUUAACAUUUGAUACUGUCCAUGAUCUAAAAAAUAUGUAGGAUUAUUCAAGUGUCAUUGAAAUGUAAUAGGUAGAAAUAGGUCUUUAGAAAGUGGAUUGUUUUUCAAUGUUGAGUUCUGAUCAGCACUGCAACGCCUUAUUAUAAACUUUAGUUUUAUAAUAAGGGUUGAGAGCUUCAGGUUGAGAGCUUCAAGUUCCUUGGUGUCCACAUCACCAACGAACUAUCAUGGUCCAAACACACCAAGACAGUCGUGAAGAGGGCACAACAAAGCCUAUUCCCCCUCAGGAGACUAAAAAGAUUUGGCAUGGGUCCUCAGAUCCUCAAAAAAUUCUACAGCUGCACCAUCGAGAGCAUCCUGACUGGUUGCAUCACCGCCUGGUAUGGCAACUGCUUGGCCUCUGACCGCAAGGCACUACAGAGGGUAGUGCGUACGGCCCAGUACAUCACUGGGGCAAAGCUCCCUGCCAUCCAGGACCUCUAUACCAGGCGGUGUCAGAGGAAGGCCCUCAAAAUUGUCAAAGACUCCAGUCACCCUAGUCAUAGACUGUUCUCUCUGCUACCGCACGGCAAGCGGUACCGGAGUGCCAAGUCUAGGUCCAAAAGACUUCUCAACAGCUUGUUGAACGUGUAGAAGUGUGACAGUGUGCUGAAGGUCAACCAUAAGAGGUGACUGGAUGUGUUGGCAUGCACACUUCAGACUUGGCAUGUAGCCUUGCUGGCAUGCAGCCUGAGGAGGGUCUCAAGACCUAAUCUUGCUCUGUAAAUACAUGAGUUUUGAAUGCAGCAGAGUUCUCCACAUUAUAGCCACCAGAGUGUGCACUUGCACACUCUCUGUCAUGGAUUUAAAGUAUUGGAUUGGUGUAAGCAUUGGAUUGGUGUAAGCAUUGGAUUGGUGUAAGUUUCCACCUUUGUUAAAUCCAUGGCGGGAAGUGUGCACAAGGGUGGAGAAUCUGGAAGCUUUUCUUAUGUUUAAUCAGUUGACUAGAUGUCAUACAAACGUGGUUGUUUCUCCCAGGGAGGGGGUGGCAGAGGACCCAGCAGUGGAGCCAGAGGAGGCUGCAGGUCGUGUGGUGCCGGGGGCAGCGGGCCAGGCUGCAGUAGAGCGCCUCCAGAGAGCUGCCCAGGACGACCCCCAGGCCACCCAGGGUCACCCAUCCCCCCCAAAGAAACCCUUCAGGACGCCCAGCGUCCCCUCCCUCUGUGUCAUGGCCACCCGGGCCACAGUCAACCUCAUGACAGGUCAGAGAACAACUUUAAUGUCCAACACUGUUAUUUGCAUUCAACAAAUUGUUGAAGGGGCCUCACUUCUUGCCAAGACAACGACCUAGCCAAACGACUGUUUCCCAACCAUCUCAGAAAUGUUCAGAAUUGUACAUACAAUGAUAUUGGUUGUGGUUUAUUGGAAUUGUGUAAAAAUUCAAGAUCACAGAAAAUAUUAAUGUCUGGAAAGCUGCAUAGAAAAUGCGUUUUCACCAAGCCCAACUUCUUUCCUCUUCUUUCUCUCCUUCGUUCCUCCUCUCUCAGCUCCCAGCAUGCAGUACAGCAGCAGUCUGUCGUGUCUGACCCCCGAGCUGGCCGAGCUCCUGCUCAGUCACAUGUCCCGCGAGAGGCUCCUUCGCCCGCGCACCCUGGAGCUCUUUUUCGGCUGCCCGAUGCAGAAGUUUGUCCUCAACUGCUACCCGUACUCCACCAACGAGCUGCUCCGGCAGCUACGGGCCUUCACUGCACUGAAGCACCUGAGCCUGGUCAACUCUCCUCUCAUCACAGGUAUACCUUUACCUUGACAGCAUUGGUACUCACUGAGUAUGCGUCCCAAAUGGCACCCUAUUCCAUAUAAAAUGCACUACUUUUGACCAGAGCCCUAUGGCAACACUAUUAUUAGUGCCAUUUGAAUGUCAAGUUAAGAAAUAAAGUUUUAAAAAAAAGAAAGGAAUACAGAUGCAUUGGUGAGCUAUCACUUUAAGCAUGUGACCGGUUAUCUUUGCAGCAUUGUGGCUAUGAUACUGAUGGUUGCUCUCGCUUUGUUUUCCCAUUGUCCAGACGCAGGCCUCUCUGUGCUGUGCAGCCUACUGAAACUGCAGCACCUGAACCUGGCCUCAUGUAGCAAGCUAACAGACUCCUGUCUGCAGCACAUCACAGGUGAGGCUCUUCUCUGGGUUGUAUUCACUAGGCACCAAACAAAAGAAAACUGACUGAAACAGGAAGGGUCUAUACCUGAACUUGUCCAAUAAGAAACGUUUGUUUUGGUUUUCUGUUGCAAAAGAUUUUACUAUGGUAUGCGGUAAUACAUUCGACCCUGGCUACAGCAUGGAACACCUGUGGAUGAAUUGGGUUUUUAAUGCUUGGUAAGCAGUUUGGUAAGCAGUCUUGUGAAUAUAGGUCAGGAGACCUUGAGAAAGAAAGCGAUAACUUUGUAAAGCUGAAAUUAUGUAAGACCCCCUAAUAACCAAGUAGCCUGCUAUGACUUCUUGCAAGAACACUAGGUCAAAGCCUUUUAAACUGAUUAAAGGUUAAAAAGUAUAUAUAUACACUCGGAGCAUAAUAUGGCAUGGGUGGCGUUUCAACUUGAUAAAAAUGAUUGAAUUCAUAAUUAUGAAUAAAUGUGUCAACCCUUUCACCAACUUGAAAGGAGGACAAAGAUAAAACAUAAUCUCACUCCGCACCCUUUGUGUCUUAAAGGAUUGAAGAGCCUGUCUUUCCUGUCACUGGACCAGACCAAAGUAAGCGAUGUAGGGAUGGUGCUGUACCUGCAGUCUGCUCCCUCGUCACUCACCCAGCUUAGUCUGAACCAGACCUCUGUCACAGAGUCCACACUGGCAGCGCUGCCCACCUGUGUGCCACAGCUACGACUGCUCAGCAUCAAACACACUAAGGUAGCUCUAUCACUCUUGCGCAUGCACGCACACACAAACACUACAACACACCCAACCACAAUAUCCUUGCACUGAGCCAGAAGUGCGUAGGGUCUGCUUUGACCCCUGACCACCUCAUCCUCCCUCGUAUGUCAGGUGAGUGACGUGUCGGCCCUGGCUGAGCUUUCCAGCCUGCAGACCCUCUACCUGGACGGCACAGGGGUGAGAGAGGGCUCUCUGGAGCACCUGGCCACCCACUCCACCCUCUCUGCCCUCAGCCUGGCGGGCAUCUCCGUUGCUGACGGCAACAACGUCCUCCAGAUCAUCUCAGGUGAGCUGCACAUGGUAUGUGUGUGACUGAGUGUGUGUACAGCAGGAGUAUUAGAGAGAGAGGGAGAGAGAGAGAGAGAGACUGAACAGAGAGAGACUGUGAACAGAGAGAGAGAGUGUGAACAGCAGGAGUAUUCAAAUCAGGGCCUCAAUGUCUGCAGUACUGCUGUUUGAUUGACUUAAUGAUUAGAGGGGAAGAUUACUGCAGAUGUGAAUGUUGUGUAUGACUCACAGUAUAUAGUUAAAUGUAUUUCCUAAAGUACUAUAUAUUUUUUCGCUCGUUCCUCCCAGGUCUCAGGCUGACCCAGCUUACCCUGCCUGGACGCCACUUGGUGACGGACGCUGGCCUGGCCUUCCUCUCCAGACUGUCCCUGCUGUCCGAGCUGGACCUGACUGACUACACAUACAUCACCGACCAGGGGGUCACCCAGCUGGCCACCAUGACCAGGUUAGCUCACUCUCUCAUAACAUUUUUUAUCAUCUCCUGGUGUCAAUAUAGAUACGUGUCAUGAUAGACUGGCACUCAGUGGUCACCAACUUUGGGUCCUUGGGGAGUUAUACAGUGAUUUCAACUAAUAAUUUAGGCUAACUGGUUGUGUUAGUGGUGACCUGGAACAAAAAUCUGCACACUAUUGCUUACAAGGACUAGAAUUGGUGAUCACUGCUCUAGUUGAUUCACCAGCGUCCUCUAGUGUUGACUUUGUGUGAAUGAAGAAAUGCUGGGCCGUAUUCAUUAGGGACCAAACAGAAGAAAACGGACUGAAACACAAGAGGGACUACCUGAACUACCUGUCCAAUAAGAAAUGCCUAUUUUUGUUUUCUGUUGCAAAACAUUUUGCUACGGUGAGCACUAAUAAAUACGACCCUGAUAGAAAUGUCCCUGUCUCCAGGCUGAAGAGGCUGUCUCUCAGUAACACCCAGGUGACGGACGUGGGGCUGCCCUCCCUGCGCAGUCUGCAGGAGCUCCUGGAGCUGUGUCUGGACCGCACGGCCGUCACCAGCCGAGGAGUGGCCGCCCUCGUCACCUGUCUGCCACACCUGCAGGUACGGAGCAUGCAUGGAAACCCAUAGACAACUAUUGUGUCAGUGGAUAGAACUCUGCAAAUAAGUUAUAGAGCAGCAAUGGCGCUAACAGAGCUCCGUUAUAAAACUGUGUUGAAGCCGCAUACUAUUAUUAGCAGUGGUAGCAUUGAUGUUGUGUCUUUAUGUUCCAGGUAUUAAGUUUGGCCAGUACUCAGGUGGGCGACACGGUCGUGCGGAGAGGUCUGGUCCACUGUGUUCAGCUGUUCAAGCUCAACCUCAGCCGUACACGCAUCACUGACCACGGUAAGAUCCCAUCAUACAGUUGAAUAAAGGGCCCAAAAUAGUCAACUGGACGGUCAUUGCAAAGAUAGGAUAUACAGUGCAUUCGGAAAGUAUUCAGACCCCUUCACUUUUUACACAUUUUGUUACAUUUCAGCCUUAUUCUAAAAUGUAAAAAAAAAUAUAAAAAAAACAUCCCCUCAUCAAUCUACACACAAUACCUCAUAAUGAAAAAGCAAAAACAGAUUUUUAGAAACUUUUGCAAAUUUAUAACAAAUAAAAAACAGAUAUCACAUUUAAUUAUUCAGACCCUUUACUCUGUACUUUGUUGAAACACCUUUGGCAGCGAUUGCAGCCUCAAGUCUUCUUGGGUAUGACGCUACACGCUUGGCACACCUGUAUUUGGAGAGUUUCUCCCAUUCUUCUCUGCAGAUCCUCUCCAGCUCUGUCAGAUUGGAUGGGGAGCGUCGCUGCACAGCUAUUUUCAGGUCUCUCCAGAGAUGUUAGAUCGGGUUCAAGUCCAGGCUCUGGCUGGGCCACUUAAGUACAUUCAGAGACUUGUCCCGAAGCCACUCCUGCGUUGUCUUGGCUGUGUGAUUAGGGUCGUUGUCCUGUUGGAAGGUGAACCUUCGCCCCAGUCUGAGGUCCUGACCUCUCUGGAGCAGGUUUUCAUCAAGGAUCUCUCUGUACUUUUGCACCCUUCAUCUUGGUCAUCCCCAAAGCCAACACCUCCUUUGGCCGCCAUUCCUUCCAGUUCUCUGCUGCCAAUGACUGGAACUAAUUGCAAAAAUCUCUGAAGCUGGAGACUCUUAUCUCCCUCACUAACUUUAAGCAUCAGUUGUCAGAGCACCUUACCGAUCACUGCACCUGUACACAGCCCAUCUGAAAUUAGCCCACCCAACUACCUCAUCCCUAUAUUGUUAUUUAUUUUGCUCUUUUGCACCCCAGUAUCUCUAUUUGCACAUCAUCUCUUGCACAUCUAUCAUUCCAGUGUUAAUACUAAUUGUAAUUAUUUUGCACUAUAGCCUAUUUAUUGCCUUACCUCCAUAACUUGCUACAUUUGCACACACUGUAUAUAUAUUUUCUGUUGUAUUUUUCGGACUUUGUUUUUUUACCCCAUAUGUAACUCUGUGUUGUUGUUUUUAUCGCACUGCUUUGCUUUAUCUUGGCCAGGUCGCAGUUGUAAAUGAGAACUUGUUCUCAACUGGCUUACCUGGUUAAAUAAAGGUGAAAAAAAAGAAAGAAAAAAAAGAAGAAAUCUUUCCCUCGAUCCUGACUAGUCUCUCAGUCCCUGCCGCUGAAAAACAUCCCCAGAGCAUGAUGCUGCCACCACCAUGCUUCACCGUAGUGAUGGUAUUGGCCAGGUGAUGAGCGCUGCCUGGUUUCCUCCAGACGUGACACUUGGCAUUCAGGUCAAAGAGUUAAAUCUUGUUUCUCAUGGUCCUUUAAGUGCCUUUUGGCAAACUCCAAGCGGGCUGUCAUGUGCUUUUUUACUGAGGAGUCGCUUCCGUCUGGCCACUCUACCAUAAAGGCCUGAUUGAUGGAGUGCUGCAGAGAUGGUUGUCCUUCUGAAAUGUUCUCCCAUCUAAACAGAGGAACUCUGCAGCUCUGUCAGAGUGACCAUCGGGUUCUUGGUCACCUCCCUGACCAAGGCCCUUCUCCCCCGAUUGCUCAGUUUGGCCGGGCGGCCAGCUCGAGGAAGAGUCUUGGUGGUUCUAAACUUCUUCCAUUUAAGAAUGAUGGAGGCCACUGGGUUCUUGGAGACAUUCAAUGCUGCAGAAAUGUUUUGGGACCCUUCCCCAGAUUUGUGUCUCGACACAAUCCUGUCUCGUAGCUCUAUGGACAAUUCCUUCGACCUCAUGGCUUGGUUUUUGCUCUGACAUGCACUGUCAACUAUGGGACCUUAUAUAUAUAUAUAUAUAUAUAUACAUACAGGUGUGUGCCUUUCCAAAUCAUGUCCAAUCAAUUGAAUUUACCACAGGUGGACUCCAAUCAAGUUGAAGAAACAUCUCAAGGAUGAUCAAUGGAAACAGGAUGCACCUGAGCUCAAUUUCGAGUCUCAUAGCAAAGGGUCUGAAUACUUAUGUAAAUAAGGUAUCUGUUUUUUAUUUGUAAUACAUUUGCUAACAUUUCUAAAAACCUGUUUUUGUUUUGUCAUUAUGGGGUAUUGUUUGUAGAUUGAGGAUUUGUAUUUAUUUAAUCCAUUUUAGAAUAAGGCUGUAACGUAACAAAAUGUGGGAAAAGUGAAGGGGUCUGAAUACUUUCCAAAUGCUGUAAGCUCUCUAAUACAUAUCUAUAGGUCCCACUCAUUAUCCUCCAACACUCACAUUGAAUCCUAGUAUUUAGAGGUGAAAACCUAAUAUACCUUCUUUUUGUGUCCGUUUCCCUCAGGACUGAAGUUCCUGAAGCGCAUGCGUCUGAGCCAGGUGAAUCUGGACGGCUCGGGCGUGACCCUGUCAGGCAUCUCCAACCUGAUCGCCUCCUGUCCCCACAUCACCAGCAUCCGGGCCAGCAACCCGCGAGCCAUCCCCCCUGACCAGGUCUCCGACGACAACGACGGUGACAAUCAGUAG